AUGAAGGAAAACCUCCCGCUUGGACUCAUAGCGAUUUUCAAUGACCCUGACUACAAGGGGUCUGCUUUGGUGGAUCUGGGUGACACAAGCAUGAUCCGAACUCCGAGUGCCAAAGAGAUCAGCCGCAACUACGUGUGGUUGCUUCCAGUUGUCCCGUCUGCCUACUUUCUGACAGAUGUCUUUUUGAUGCUCGACUCUAUGUUGGACAAGAAGAUGCUUGUUCCAAGGGAGAAUGAGGGCAAGCUUUCCCUCGCAGGACAGGAGGGUGUGAAACUCAAGAGGGUACUUGGCGCUCUUCGCAACUUGUGGAGAUCCAACAAAACCAAUGGCCAAGACGAGAAGAUCACCCACUUGAAGAGUUUCCUUGAAAGGUCACCCACCAAGGCGCCAGACUCGGGUGACGAAGCCGCUUUGCCGGAUGGUCCGGCUGAGAAUGACGGUUGGGCCAGUGUUGCGAAGCCAGACUCAGAACCAAGUGAUUCAGAAUCGCUUGAUGGUGAGCCCAUUGAUGAUGGUGAUGAAAUUGUCGGGCGUGGGCCUUCUCGUGGUCAAGAUGAUGAUCAACUUGUCGAGCGUGAGCCUUCUUGUGGUCAUCAUUCUGAGAAUGACGAUGAAAGCGAUGGCUCUGAGUCUGAGUCUAAUGCCGUCUUGCAAACGGGUGGAGACUCACCCACACUUCGUCUUGGCGAAUCGCCCAAGUCUGACAAGUCUGGUGUGUCGGCUACAUCGGUUGACUCAUCCUGCAGCUCAUCGCAUCGUGAUUCCCAGGUCUCGUCAGGCUGGAUGGGGAAGGCCAUCAAUCAUUACAGCCGACAGGAGGAGAAGGAGAACCGGCUCCAUCAACUUGUCCAGAGUGUCCACAACGACUUGGAAUCCCAGGUGAUGUCCAAGUUGGAGGAGGCAGAAUGGACAUCAUAUCAAGAGUGGUGCUUGGAGACCCUUCGUUGCUUUGGUGAUUGCGUCUACCCCAAGUUGGCGAAGUUAGACUUCUUCAAAACAUGGUGUAGCAACAGGAAAGCGCAGGACACGCAGUUCCAAAGAUAG